UGUGGUUGGUCCGCCAAGACUUCUUCGAUGGAAAUACACUGUAAACACGACCCGUUCGCAGCGAUGCACAGGCAUGGCGGUGUGAACCAGCUGGGAGGCGUGUUUGUGAAUGGGCGCCCCCUGCCAGACGUGGUGAGGCAACGCAUUGUGGAGCUAGCGCACCAGGGCGUGCGGCCCUGCGACAUCUCCAGACAGCUGCGCGUUAGCCACGGCUGCGUCAGCAAGAUCCUGGGAAGGUACUACGAGACGGGCAGCAUCAGGCCGGGCGUGAUCGGAGGAUCCAAACCAAAGGUUGCUACACCCAAAGUUGUCGACAAAAUCGCUGACUACAAACGCCAAAACCCCACCAUGUUUGCCUGGGAGAUCAGGGACAGACUGCUGGCGGAGAGAGUGUGUGACAACGACAGUGUGCCCAGUGUCAGCUCCAUCAACAGGAUCAUACGGACGAAAGUUCAGCAGCCUCCAGUGCAGCCAGGCUCUGUCUCCUCUCACAGCUUAGCUUCCACAACGGCGGUGACUCAGGUGUCCGCGGUAACCAGUGACUCGGCCGGCUCCUCCUACUCGAUCAGCGGCAUUCUGGGAAUCAGCUCAACUGCAGAUGCGAGCAAGCGCAAGAGGGAGGAAGCCCUGCAGGAGUCCCCGCUGGUGAAUGGGCACUCACACCCGGGGCGAGACUUCCUGAGGAAGCAGAUGAGAGGGGAUCUCUUCUCGCCGCAGCAGUUAGAGGUACUGGACCGAGUGUUUGAGUGGCAGGCCCUCUCUGACCUCUUUCCCACCCCCGAACCCAGCAGGCCCCAGCAGACGGACUACUCGGCGAUGGUGUCGCUGGCAGGCGGUCUGGAGGAGAUGAAGAGCAGCCUCAUCACCUCUGGCGGGGCGGAGCUGGGCGCCAGCGUCCCGGGGCCACAGUCCUACCAGCUGGUGUCAGGUCGGGACCUUGCAGGAACCACCCUGCCGGGGUACCCCCCUCACGUGCCCCCUGCUGGACAGGGCAGUUACUCCACCCCCACCUUGACUAGCAUGGUACCCGGCGGUGACUUUUCGGGCAGUCCGUACUCCCACCCGCAGUACUCCACAUACAAUGACUCCUGGAGAUUCCCCAAUCCGAGCCUGUUAGGGUCUCCGUACUACUACAGUACAGCCACGCGCGGCGCAGGGACCGCCAGCGCCACCACCACUGCCUACGAUCGCCACUGA